UUUGUCCUACCCAAUAGUAACCUCUCUCUCUCUCUCUCUCUCUCUCUCUCUCUCUCUCUCAUCUUGUUCUUCCGUUUUCUCUUCAAUUUCUGUUGCGAGGACAAUGAGAGUUUCAGUGUCAACCAUGUCUUUGGCUGCUUUCCAGAUUCCUCAGCUCUCUCGAUAUUUUCUCUAGAUUUGGUAUCAACACGGGUUCAUGAAGCUGAACAAUUUAUCAGCAAGCAGCACAAGUCGCUUCAAACAUCUCCACCCUUCAGUUUGUGUUCACGUUAAAGGGUUUUAUCCUAGAAAUGUUGUCAGAUAUCUGGGGUGCUGAAAUGUUUUCAUAACCGAACUUAUCUAUUUGGUUAUAUUUAUAAAAGAUGGACCGGUCAGACACUUCGGGCUUUGUUAGUGGUGGAGCUACUUAUCAGAAGUCCUUCUAGAAGUCGAUAUAGUUUUCUUAUGUAAAACUUGUAGUUGCAUAUACUAAAAAUUGUUCUUUUAGUUGGACGUUGUGUGCCUUUCAUGCUUAACAAGAUUCAUAAAAUGGCUUUGAACAAAUUUGUACAGUUUUCUCAUGCCAGAGGAUUCUCAAAAAAUGAAAACUACGGUGAUACUGCUUUAAGCCUGAAAUGCCUUGGUCAUGGAGGUAGCAACACAACCAGAUAUCAGAGCAGUCAAGACAAUCUUCAGGUUGAUGUUAUUGCUCCUGAUGAUGGCUGCAAGUUGGUUCUUGGACUGGGCCCAACACCAAGUGCACAUUGUGAUGAUUAUUAUAAUGGUGGAUUAAGCAAGAGCAGAGGUACAGAUUCAGUCUUUUCUCAAGGGCUUUCACUUGAGGGUGAUUCAGUUUUAAAACUGGGUCUUUCUGGAAAGGUUAAAGGAACUUUAAGUGAGCUUGACUGUUCAUUGUCAAUGGAGGCUGAUGUUAAUAUGCUCCUGGUAAACCAAGUUUCUGCUGAUGAGAAUAGACUUUUGAUUCCUGUUGUUGAUGAGGGUUCCACUUCGGCCAAGAAAUCUGGUGGUUACAUGUCAUCCCUCCUUUUGGCGUCAAGUAUGCAAAGUGGCAAACCCUUGCUACAGAUCCAAGAACUUAUUCAGUUCGGGGCUAAAACUCAUUCUUAUCAAGCACAAGCUGCACAACUAUGCUUUGAGCCAUCUUCUCACACAGAUAUCUCGCUAGGUGCUCUCUCUGAGCAAACAACUACUGCCACAUCUUCUGAGCACAGGACUAGCAACCUGAAGAAAUGCAAAUUUGCUGGUUGUACAAAGGGAGCACGAGGAGCAUCAGGUCUUUGUAUUGGUCAUGGGGGCGGACAAAGAUGUCAAAAGCCAGGUUGUAACAAGGGUGCUGAGAGCCGAACUGCAUAUUGCAAGGCCCAUGGUGGAGGACGGAGGUGUCAAUACUUGGGUUGCACUAAAAGUGCCGAGGGCAAGACUGAUUUAUGUAUAGCACAUGGUGGUGGCAGACGAUGUGGAUAUCAAGGAGGAUGUACCAAGGCUGCACGAGGCAAGUCAGGGCUUUGCAUUAGACAUGGUGGUGGGAAGAGGUGUAAGAUUGAGGGCUGUACUCGUAGUGCUGAAGGACAGGCUGGCUUGUGUAUCUCCCACGGCGGUGGUCGUCGUUGUCAGUAUGCAGCAUGUACCAAGGGGGCUCAGGGAAGUACAAUGUUUUGCAAGGCACAUGGUGGUGGAAAACGCUGCAUAUUUGCAGGGUGUACGAAAGGUGCUGAAGGAAGCACACCAUUGUGCAAAGGCCAUGGUGGGGGAAAACGUUGCCUCUUCGAUGGUGGUGGGAUUUGUCCCAAGAGUGUACAUGGAGGCACCAAUUUUUGUGUUGCCCAUGGUGGUGGAAAGAGGUGUGUGGUGCCAGGGUGCACAAAGAGUGCACGCGGUCGUACUGAUUGUUGUGUUAGGCAUGGUGGUGGGAAGCGGUGCAAGUUUAAAGAUUGUGGGAAAAGUGCCCAAGGAAGCACAGACUUCUGCAAAGCUCAUGGUGGAGGAAAGCGAUGUUCUUGGGCAGGAGGAAAAUGUGAAAAAUUUGCAAGGGGCAAGAGUGGUCUUUGUGCAGCACAUAGUAGCAUGGUUCAGGAGCGGGAGAAUAAGAAGGGAGGUUUAAUUGGCCCAGGACUUUUUCAUGGGCUUGUCUCUUCUGGUUCAACUACUGGGAGCAGCUUGGACAACUAUUCUUCCUCAGGAGCUAGUGCAAUCUCUGAGUGCAUUGAUUCACUGGAAAAGCCAGCAAAGGGGCAGCAUCUCAUACCACCACAAGUGCUGGUUCCUCUAUCUAUGAAGUCCUCAUCGUCUUAUUCUAGUUUCUUGAGUGCUGAGAAACAAGAGGAACAAAGAAGUGUUUAUGCCGAUGGUGGCAAUGGUGGGAGAAACAACUUUGACUUCAUGAUUCCGGAGGGAAGGGUGCAUGGUGGGGGCCUUAUGUCUUUACUUGGUGGGAAUCUGAAUAAUCCCAUUGAUGGAGUUUGAAGUCAUAGACAGCAUUUGUAGAAUAUUGAUUUGAGUUUGGUAGUUCUCUGCCAUGGAAUUGUCUAAAACCUUGAUGCUUGAGUAGGUUCCAGGAAUGUAUAGUUUGUGUUGAUUGAUAGUUGUCUUCCGUUCUUGUGUUUCUUGGUACUUUUUCAUGGUCUAGCAGAUCAGUCGUGGACGAUUAUUGGGGAUUGAGCAUUAACCAAUAAGCAUGCGACGCAAUGCAUAUUGGUAUUAUGUAUAAAAACAUGCUGUGCUUAAAUUGUAGUGAGAAUAAUUUUAAUGGAUGACAAUGUGAUCAUCCCUUUCUCUAA